CGUCCUAACAACAUCCCGAAUGUAUCCGAGACGUCGUGGAAGCAUCUUAGAACGUCCUGAGCACACGCAGAAUAAUCUUGACGUUUCGUGCUACGUGGGAUAUCGGUCUCUGAAUUUCUUCGAGUGAAGUCCCAUUUGGAUAAUCGAGACAACAAAAACCGGUCUACUGCAGCGUCGAUCAGUUACCCGCCAUUGACGCGUAGUGACGCGGAGCCGCGCUGCGUCUCGUGGAGAAAACUAUGCGAGAUCCUGAUCUGACAGAUAUCCUGGAGCUGUCAAAUGAUACGUCCGAGAUGGAUCUCAGCAUACACCCGGAAAGACAGAGAUUCCCCUUCUGCGUCGUCUGGACACCGUUGCCCUUCCUAACAUACAUACUGCCUUUUAUUGGACACAUGGGCAUAGCAACGUCGGCGGGAGUGAUAAGGGACUUCGCAGGGCCUUACCACGUCUCCGAGGACGACAUGGCAUUUGGCAAGCCCACCAAAUACUGGCAGUUGGACUAUACCAAAGCCAAAGGAGGUGUACAGGGAUGGGAUGCAGCUGUGGCAGAAGCUAGCGAAAUUUAUAAAACUAGAAUGCACUACUUAUGUUGGGACAAUUGUCAUUCGCAUGUAGCUCAAGCCUUGAACUUAAUGGCGUAUGACAGCUCGAGCAAUUGGAACAUGGUGAAACUUGCGUUUUAUAUGCUGAUCUAUGGAAAAUAUGUCAGUGUACUGGGAUACCUUAAGACUUGGUUACCUUUUUGCUUACUCGUCAUAAUUGUACUCGGACUAAGUCUAUAUUUAAGUAUAUAAAUGUGCGUAUAAGCGGAAUAAUUAUGACCGCUAUUAAUUUAAGUACGAAAAAACGUACAUUUUGAAAUACUCUCCAUGGAAAUCUGGUGAACAAACGUGCAAGCAUACAGCUCAGUUGAAUCAAAGUGCUUGGCAUUGUAAUUUACGUUGCUUAUAAUUCAGUAUUAUAUGCUGGAAUAUUAAUCAGGAUUUUGUAUACACAAGAAAUAUAAGGAAUUAUACCAGUGAAGGUAAUAUAUCUAUCCGCAUUUGUGUGUAGAAACAUUUGUGUAUCGAACAAUUUAUCAGAUUUAUGGUUCAUAACUUACAAUGCACAUUUAUAUGUAUACAUAUAUAUUACCUAUAAAA